CGACUGCGCGUUCAACAGGAAGUGCCUUUAAAUCAUUGGUUAGCUUCUAGAGCUAAUGUGAGUUGAGACAAAAUGUUGAAUGACAGCGAGUUUGUCACUUUGAGGAACAGAUUUAAAAAAGAUGCGGAGUUUCUUAUGCAGACCACGACUGUCGAAGAUGAAAAGAGUCAGGAUGAAAAAGAUGUGAAACCUCUCCCUCGUAUCAACAAACACUCUGUUUUCUGGAUUUUGGCAUCUGUAGCUGUGACCUAUUAUGCAGAUUUCUUCCAUGUCAUUAUGGAAAAUGAUGAUAUCAAAAGCUGGUGGUUUAAUGUUGGUCUGAUACUCCUUGGGAUCAGCUUAUCUCUGGCAAUGUUUUGCAUUGUGUACCUGGAGUGGUUCAAAGGCAUCAAGCACUAUGACCAAGAAUAUCCUGCCAUUCCUCCCAUUACCACUGCGGCCUUUAUCGCUGCAUCAUGCAGCUUUAACAUUGCACUGUGGCCUGUGUGGUCCUUCUUCACUCCACUCAUUCUCUUCACACAGUUCAUGGGUGUGAUCAUGUUCAUCUCUUUGCUUGGAUGAAUGAAUAAAGUGUUUUUCCAAAGGAAGAAUUGGAAACAUUUGAGAGGACAGCAUCAGGCCUGUCCUAAAGAGCUUCAGCUGAUGUCCUGGUCCACAACAGCUUCAGUGUGGACUCCUUGUCAUUGCGGACCUGUUUCACCAACACACUCCGAUGCUGUCCCUUUUAGAUUCUUCAGGGACCAAGUACCAGACACGGGUGUAACAAAGCCUUCCCCACCUCAGAAACAGGUCCAUGUCAACGUUCAGAAGCCUAACCAUCACUCACAGCUUUACAAGUGCUUUUAAUGUGACACAGUUUUUAAGUGCUACUUUUUGUGUUUGCUAUACAUUUUUUUAAGUAUUUUGACUUGGCAGCAAAGUAUUUAACAAUGUGAGAAAGUUAACAUAUAUUUUUUUUAAAUUUAGGUAUUUUCUUAGUUU